AUGACGAAUGUGGAAGCAGCAGGUGAUGGUUACAAUUUGAAUGAGUUCAAUGAAUCAACAUUACAAAAUCUAUUAACCCAACUCCUGAAAGUAUAUUCAACUUCUAACAAUUUAUUAAUCCUUGAUCCCUUGCUAUCACCACUACUAAAUCAAUUAACUCAAUUCCAAAGAUUAAAAGAUGCCGGGAAAUUUCAAAACAUAGUUUGGUUAAAUGAAGGUAUUUCCGAUAUCCAAUUGAAUGUAUUUUCCAAAUAUUCAAGUUUAAUUAUUCUAAUUCCAUGUUGUUCAAUUGAUAAAAACUUUCAAUUAUUGACUAAAUUUAUUCAUCUGAUUAUAAAUCAUAUUCAUGGAUUGAAGAUAAAUAUUAUUGUUAAAGAUUUAGAGAAAUCUUUGGUAUAUUUAUUAAAUGAUGAAUUUAAAGGUAUACUUAAUUUCCAAUCAAUUUUAAAACAAGACCCCAAAUUAAUUAAACCAUUUAAUAUCACUUCGAGAAUUAAAGUUUCAAAUUGGGCCACAUAUCCAAUAUAUACCGAUGGGAUAUUAUUAAAUGAAGUUAAUCAAUUCUCAGGAAUAGAUGAUUAUUUCCAACAACCUUUAAAACAAGUGAAUCAAUUAACUUCCAAUUUGAUACAAGUGUUAUUUUCAGGACUUAAACGUCGACACUUAUUAAAAUUACGAAAUGUAUAUGGAAAGGGAAAUCAUCUGGAUUUAUUAAUUACACAAUUAUUAGAAUGUAAAAUCCCAGAAUAUUUGAAUGAAAAUUUAUCACAGUUAGAAAUUGAAUUUUAUCAAGAGAAAUUACAUAGUAAUACUGAUUUAAUUGUAUUAGAACGAAAUAUUGAUUUUACUCCUGUGAUUUUUAAUCAAUUGAAUUAUCAUGGAUUGAUUGAUGAUUUAUUUGACAUUAGAUUUGAUUCUAUUAAGAAUUUCCCGGAGGAAGUAGAUAUAAACAAGACUUUGAAUCAAGAUGAAUUAUAUAAUCAAGAUUUAAAACAUUUGAAUUUUUCAUUAAUUGGAUCCAGAUUAAAUAAAUUAGCUAAAUUCAUUCAACAACAAUUCAAAGAUCGAUCAGGAACCAAUGAUACGACAUUAAGCGAUAUGAAACAAUUAGUAUCAAAUCUUGGAAAUUUAACCAUGCAACAAGAUUUAAUUAAAAAACAUACAGCAAUUGGUGAAUCAAUAUUAUCGAAUAUUAAAUAUGAGUAUGAAACUUUUUUAAAUUUUCAAAAUGAUAUCUUUGAAAUGGAUUAUAAAUUACAAUUAUCAAAAUUGAAAUAUUUCUUUAAUUGUAAUUAUCCAAAAGAAUUCAUCUAUGCUACGAUUUUAUUAAUUGGAUAUAUAAAUGAUGGAAUUUCAAACAGAGAUCUAGAUUGGAUUUCGGCGGAAUUACAGGAUAAUUAUGGAAUAUCGGCGUCUUUUGCCUUGGAACGAAUGAUUGAAUUGAAAUUGAUUCGAGUUAUUCAAGAUUCAGGUUCUGAUUUCUUGAGUACUUUGGGAUUAACUACCCAAAAGAAACAACAACCACCACCUCAUUUAGGACCCGUUGGUGCUAGCGGUCAAGGCACAUCUGAAGAGAAUUAUCAAGUCGGUAUUUCCGGCGGACAAGAUACUUUCAAAAGUAAUUAUACGUUAAUUAACAAGUUUUGGAAUUUACAUCCAUUAGAAGAAGAAGAGGAGCAAGAGGAACAAAAUGAAACUCAGCAAGAACUGACAAAUUUGGUUGAACUAUAUCCGAAUCCGUCAUUCACAUUACCGGGGAAUACAGUCCCAUUAAUCUAUCGUCUUGUUGAAUCAUUAUAUUUCCGAGAUUUUCUUAAAUAUAAACCAAUUAAUAAUCUCAAAAGACGUCCUAAUUGGGAUAAUCUAGGAUUGAAUACAAUGUUUGCUGGUAAGACGGUUGAUAUUAAUCUUGAUGAUCAUCUGGAUGAUAAGAAUAGAGAUGGGAUCACCCCGAAUGGGAAUAUUGGAACAACCAAUAAUAAAAGUCUGAUUCCUAAUCCUGAUUAUAUUAUAAUUGUUAUAAUUGGAGGAAUUACUAGAAGUGAAAUAACUUGUUUUAAAUAUCUUCAAGAGAAAUUUAAGAAACAAGGGAAAGAUAAAGAGAUUAUAAUUCUAUCAAAUGGAAUUGUAAAUAAUACUAGACUUUGGCAAUUUAUAGAUAGUGCGUAG